UGGAUAGGUCAAAACAAGAAGCUUAGGUGAGACAAGUGCGGAAAACCCAUGGGUUUAGUCAAGAACCGGAUUUUUACAUAAAUGGAUACAUUUGCGCGAAAGGUGGACAGCAGUACAGAGGGACCCAGCAGGAUGGCCAGUGUGCUAUGCAGUCGGGCCAGACUGGUGUCCUACCUGCCUGAGCUUCAGGUCCUCGUUCGUAGGCUGACGGUCUCCAGGGCAUUCUCCUCCUCGGGCUCUGAUGAGGCACAUACUCCAGUCACAUCCCCCGACAUGGGGCCUGGGACAGUAUGGCCGGAUGAGGACAUGGGUCCUUUCGGUCCGCAGGACCAGCGCUUCCAGCUGCCGGGCAACGUGGGUUUUGAUUACCAUCUGCAGGGUAGGGUCCCGCCCCAUAGGGCCGUGCCGGACGUGCUGUCUGCUCCCACCAGCAGCGAAAGGCAUGCGAUUGCACUGGCUCAGUUUGUCAGCGAGUUCCAGGGAAACAGGGCCCCCACCUCACCCCAGAGCAUCAGCAAAAUGGAGGAGUAUUUCGAAACCUCUGCUGUGGAGUGUGCUGUGCAGCCCUGCCCUGAGCUCCUGAGGAGAGAUUUUGAGUCCAUGUUUCCUGAGGCCCCAUCUAGCAGUUUGACCGUCGUCACAGUGACUCAGAAAACUCAGAAUGACAUGACGGCGUGGUCUGAGGAGGUGGACCGGGAGAGGGAGGAGCUUUUGGAUAAGUUUGUUAGUGGCGCCAAAGAGAUCUGCUUUGCGCUCCACACUGCGGGGUUCUGGGCCGACUUUAUAGACCCCAGCUCCGGACUGGCGUACUUUGGCUUGUACACAAACAACACGCUGUUUGAGACCGACGAGCGUUAUCGCCACCUGGGCUUCCAGAUCGAGGACCUGGGCUGCUGCAAGGUUAUUCGGCACAGCCUGUGGGGGACACGCGUCUUUGUGGGCACCGUGUUCACCAGCGCCCCCCCCGACAGUGCCAUCAUCAGGAGGCUGCAGGGCUGCUAGCUCCGUGCUCGUGUGGGACUCGCUCGGUGGCCGUUGGAAUCAACCAGAAAAUGUGUACAGGACGAUCGCCUAGUUUUAAAAUGAAUCAACACUGAAGCUUUUGCUCUGUAGAUUUAGCUGUGGUGCAAUAGGUAGAAAAUACCCUCGCUUGACCCCUGGGAUGAGUGAGAGGACUUUGAAGGUAAGGCUGCCCCCUGUCUGAGAUGCGGCUGUAUCACUCAUGUUCAGGAUAUGGCCAGUUCCGCUGAGCUCAGUCAGGGGGAGAUUCCUAUCUUUUGACUUGUCAAGUGUUAGAACUCUUAAAGAUGUACCAUGUGAAGCGUAAUAAACCAAAAAUGUUUAACCUCAGAAAUUAGACCCCAGUCUUGUGUGACUGUGAAACACUGGAUCUCACAAACUGUUACAGCUUGUUUAUUGAUUAAAGGUCAGAAAAGA